UCCACAAUUCCAAACUUUUGUUUCCUAAUAGGAAUAAGAAACAAAUUAAAAUCCCAACAAAAUUACAAAUUAGUUUAAGUAAAUCGAAGUGAGAUGAUCAAUUAUAUACCAUUUACCAAUACUUUCUCGAAUCAAACGAUAUAUACACCAAUAUGGAAAUAAAAAUAUACCUACCAAAUCAAGAACUCAAACCCCACAACUUUUAUACUAAUUACAACUAAUUAAUUAAAGCAACUAUAAAGUUAAUAUAAUUUCAAAUUAAACUCAUUAACUAACAAGAACAAGACAGCAUUCACAAUUCCAAACUUUUGUUUCCUAAUAGGAAUAGAAAACAAAUUAAAAUCCCAACAAAAUUACCACGUUUAACAAAAUCAAAGUGAGAUGAUCAAUUACCAUUUACCAAUUCUUUCUCAAAUCAAUCGAUAUAACCAAUAUGGAAAUAAAAUACAUACCAAAUCAAGAACUCACACCCUUAUACUUGCAAAGCAAAUAGUUAACAUAAUUUCAAAUUAAGAUAUACUCGUAACUCAUUAACUAGAUAUCAUCCACAAUUUCCAAACUUUUGUUUCCUUAUAGGAUUAGGAAAUAAAUCAAAAUCCCAACAAAAUUACAAAGUAUGUGUCUCUAUAUAUAUAGACAUACUCAUGCAUGCACAAAUCAUCAUCAACUCAAAGCUCUCAAACAAUGGCUUCUUCCCCAUUCCUCAUGCUCCCUCUUCUCGACCAAACCACCCAAGAAAUCCAUCACCUCUCUCUCUACAAUCUCAAAGACAAGAAGCCCCACAACCUCAAAUUCCUCGAAACCCUAAAAAACCUCAAAAACCCACAAUGCAUUGGCUCCUCCCAUGGCUUCCUAGCUUUCUUGGACGAAACUAAAGCAAACCCUUUUCUCCUCAACCCUUUCACCAACGCCCAAAUCCAUCUUCCUCCAAAAGAAACCAAGAUUUCCAAACUAAUCCUCUCCCAAAGCCCUACCUCCCACCCCACCACCUUCGCCGCCGUCGCCAUGCACGCCGCCGGCUUCGGCCUCACAGCAAACCUCUCCCUCUGCAGAGGCGGAGACGCCGCGUGGAGGCGCCUCCCCGGCCAGGGCGAGACCUACUACGACGUCGUCUGCUGCAGCGUGACCAACACGCUCCUCGCGCUGGCGCCGGGCCCCACCGUGGAGUCGUGGGACUUGAACGAAGAAGCCUCGCCGGAGAAGACGGUGGUGAUCCAAGAAUCUUGCCCGAGAUCGCUGCAGCUUGCCCGGAAAACCUUCCCGGCCGACCUCUACACUUCGCAGUGGUACCUCGCGCUCUCGCCGGCCGGCGAGAUCUUCAUGGCCGUGAGAUACAUCGGCGAGUUUGUGAGCAACGACGGCGAGGUGGUGUACGAGGGCGACACGCUCACCGACGACUCUCCAGCGCCGGUGAUUUGUCCGUACAGAACGAUGGGGUUUCGCGUGUUUAGGGUUGAUGCCGGCCGGAGCGAGUGGGUUGACGUGGAGAGCCUAGAUGAUUCCGCGCUGUUUUUGGGCGGGAACGAGUCGGUGAUGGUCUCGGCCGCGGCCGCGGGGGCGAAGAGGAACGCUAUUUAUUUCACGGAUGAUUAUUGGGAGAGGAUUGAUGAAGAUUAUAGCUAUGGAGGGCAUGAUUUGGGAGUAUUUUGCAUGGAAGAUGGAAGCAUUGAAACUGUUUUUGAUUUUGAAGAAGACAAGAUUGAGCCACCACCGUUUUGGAUUACUCUUCAUUGAUGAUUAUAAUAGAGAUUUUAUUAUUUUAUUUUAAUGUGAAAAAUUAUAUUUUUUCUUGAUCUUGGAGUUGUAGUAUUCUAGUGCAUAGUGAUAUUUUAUCUAAAUUGUGGAAAGAAAAGUAUUGGAAGUGUUGAUUAUUCAU